GUUCUUUGUUCCAGCCCUAGUUAUUGUCUUAUCAGUUCAGUUUUCGUUUUAUUUUUGUUCGCUGCAAACAUGGAUUAAAUUAGUAGAUUUUAUGUUUUUCUCGCACUCAUAGAAGUAGAUAAGGAUGCCGCCCACGGAGACACUGCGUCUCGGGGAGCGCGGGGGAGCCGCAGGAUCGGCGGCAGGCGGUCCCGAACAAACGUACAUCAUCAGGCAGAGCAACAAAUACUAUGAGCACCGUGAUUCCCAGGCCACGGCCAUGUCGGUGGACUACUCUGGGCAGUGGGUGCUCCUCGCGGGACGCGGUCACCUGGCCCUGCAGCGACUGGGGCAGGAUGACGGUUCCCUGAGGCGGCACGAACGGCAGUCCAAGUACGAGGUCUCCGUGGCGGAAUUUGCCAUAUGUCCGAGUCGCAAAGAGUACUGCGCCAUAGCGACCAGUCAGUACAUCGAUAUCGUGCGUUGGGGCACUACCGAGCCCCACUACGAAAUGUCCUUGCGCGGACACACUCGCACGGUGACCGACAUCGACUGGCACGGCAAGGAUCCCAAUCUGCUGGUCAGCUGCUCCAUAGACACCUUCUCGCACAUCUGGGACUUGAGGGAACCCAGAAAGCCGGCAUUGUCCCUGAAUGCCGUCUGCAUGUCUGGUGCCACCCAAGUGGGCUUCAACCGCGUUUCGGGCAACCUUUUGGCCGCCGCCCACGAUGGAGAUCUACGGAUCUGGGACAUCCGCAAGGGAAGCUGCCCCACACACUAUAUCACGGCACAUUUAAAUAGAGUGCACGGCAUCAAUUGGAGCCACAAAAGAGAGACCUGCUUGGCCACAGCCAGUCAGGAUGGAACGGUGAAGUACUUCGAUGUGUGCAACCCUCGCAGGGCCGAGAAGAUCAUCACCACCAUGUCGCCCGUGUGGAGAGCCAGAUACACGCCCAUUGGCAACGGCCUUGUCAGCAUUGUGGUGCCUCACUUGGGUCGCGGUGAGAAUAGUUUGCUACUUUGGAGCAACAGUAAGCAGACCGAUCCAAUAUGUUCCUUUGUGGGCCACACUGAUGUCAUACUUGACUUCGCAUGGCGUCCGAACCACGAGAAUUCCUCAGAAAUAGAACUGGUUACCUGGUCCAGGGAUCGCACCCUAAGGGUUUGGAAGAUCGAUGAUAAUAUGCUGAAGCUUUGCGAACCAUCUGCAGAGGAAGAAGAAUCUCGAUUUGAGCCCGAUCUCAGUGAGUUGAGAGUGCCUACUCCUCCAGAGUUGUUGCAUCCACGUUCGAUUUUGGUUGCCGCCUCGUUGCCCAUAUCUACGGGGGACGGAGCUUGCAACACGUUGCCCAUGGCCCGCUCUCCCAGCUUUGGAGGUUACUACCGCAGGGAGGAGCCCCACAUAGCCAGAUCCCUGACGGACCAACCCACGUGUUCGCUACACCACGAGUUUUCGCUUCUCAAUACGAACAUGCCUCAUGUAGAGGUGGACACCCUCGAUGCCAUAAAGCGGUACGCCUGCUUCAAGAUUUGCGCCGGAGGACACACGGUAAUCUUGCAAGUGACAUUUGCCACUUCGUAUCCUAGCCCGCAUGCUCCACCAGACUUUCAACUUUGCCAAGGCACCACAAUAUCCAGCGAGGUGAGUGGCGUACUGCUUAAAGUACUGCGUUGCAAUGCCUUGCAGCGGGUUAAAAAGUCGCGCACCUGCCUGGAACAAUGCCUUCGUGCGCUGGUGGCAGCCAUGAAGAAAAAGGUGGCGGCCGUAGGAGGCGCCGAUCGUAGUCAGUUGCAUCUGCAAUCGCCUCGACUGGAAGGAGCCCUGUCCAGCACCCUGCACGAUGCCUGCAUUCCAUAUCCACGGACAUCGGGGGUUCACUUCAAUGCCAUUGGCAUGCUCAGCACAUUUGCCCAGCCGGUGAACAACAAAAGGCUGACCCUACGUCAGCAAACAGCUUUGACUCCGAGAACUUUCUCAUCGAUCAAUGGUAGCGGACUGUUAGGGAAUGUGAUGGCCACCGCCCAGCGGGAGGCAAAUGCCUCAUUUUAUCUCCAGGAAAGAAUGAUUUCGGGGAAACCUGGAAAACAGCGAGCUAUCCGGCAGAUGAACGGAAGUCCGGUUGUUCACAUCUACGACACAAGUAGCCUGCUCCACAUAAGUCGCAGCAUGGCCCGCGAGUUCUCUCUGGAUAAACUCAACAUUGCGGAGACGUGCCGUAAGAAUGGGGAGCUCUGUCGCCAACAUGGUCGAUUGGACCUGGUCCCCGUGUGGUUGUUGGCGGAACUGAUAGCCACACCACAAGUCCCCAAUGAAUCGCUUAACGAGCUUUUGUUCUACAAGGAUCCCUUCAAAAAAUCAUUGCUGGAAUCUCUAAUUAUGCAUUAUGCCACAUCGGGCGACAUACAGACAGCUGUCCUGCUGGCUUGCUUGUUUGACAAGUGUCCAUCGGGUGGAGGUGCUAUCAUGGAGAUGGCGGUCCGACUUCCGCCGCAGCUGAACUCUCAAAUUUCGCCCUAUCACACGGUUCUCCCGCUUGACGUCAAGUCUUCUUCGUCAUCCAACACUUGGCAGCAACUAAAGCAGCUACGCAGCAAUUCUUGGUCGGACUCCUUGGAUCUGGAAGUGAAGCAAGUCCAGUCCGAUGCUUAUGCUUGCUCUUUGAUUAGACGCGUCAAGGUGCCACUGUUUGAUCAGUUCAAGCGUGCCUACGCCGAAAUCCUAUUCGGGUGGCAGCUGCUCUCGAAGCGGGCACUUAUCCUCAAGCACACACAGAAUAUGCCACCUCCCAUACAAGGCGUGGAGUUUGUUACUGAGUGUGGGACGUGUUCAAAGCCCAAGCGGACGCCCAAGUGCGAGCCCUGCAAACGACCCGUGCUUUUCUGUGUGCUCUGCCGUUUGCCUGUAAAGGGAGCGGCCAACGCGUGUUUGGCCUGUGGUCAUGGCGGUCACAUGGAUCACAUGAUGCAGUGGUUUGAUAAACACAAAGUGUGUGCUACAUGUGGCUGCAAGUGCUUGGAGCGCACUGCGGAACUGCUGUCCCUUUUGAGCUGAUCGGGAUCUAAAGAGAUGUAUUUCCAUUUCAUCUUUAAACUGGCUAGACUUUUUUUUGGCUUUGGAUAUCAAAAUAAUAAGGUGUUUUUAGUCAAUAAGCAAACAAUUUUUGUACGAUUUGCAUACCAUUUAGAAAUAUAUGACCAUUAACUAGCUAAGCUAAAA